AUGGCCUACGACGAUCCUAAGAAGAGUUCGCGUUCGUUAGAUGAUAUUCCUUGCUUUCCCAAGAACUACAUCUUGGGCAGUUACCCGGUGAUGCACUCAAAGCUGUUGGACGGCAUUAUCCUUGCCAUCACUGCUACCUCAGUGGACUCACGCGGGUCUCCAGUCCCUCGCCCCUUUCCAGGUACUGCCUGUAGCCAUAGCGACAAGGCCAAAGACGGCUUUCCAGGUAUCAACAUCACUCUCUCCCUCGAUGGCUCGCUCUAUGGCCAAGCAGUAUUCCCUGUAGGACGUCUAUAG